GAGUGAGAGUCCCUCGCAGGGCAGAGGACUGGCAGGAGUGAGGGUGGCAGGCAGUGUGUAUGGCAGGGGAGAGCAGAGAGCCAGGCGGGCCUGAGUUCUGUCUCAGAACUCUGUAACCUGGGGAGAGUUAACCUCUGAGCCUCAGGUUCUCUUCCAUAAAAUGGAUCUGAUACCCUCCUCAAAGGCUGUGAGCCAUACUCAGAGUAGUAUUUGUAUAGUGCUUGGCACAGGCUCGAUCAGUCGUGGUUGCUCUUGUUAUCAAAGGUGGUGAUGUCUGAAGGAACAGGACACAUGGUGGAGAAAGGAUGGCUCCCAGAGCUCAUGUGGGAAUGAAAAGGGAAAACUUGCAGAGGCUCAUGAAGAAGAGGAGAGAAUGUUUGCCAAAGUGAAAAUGAAGAGACGUGAGAAGAUUGGUGGCUGAUCACUUGUAUCUUUAUAGGUAGGGGGCAAAAAUCUGCUGAGAAUUUCCUUCAACAUUCAGAAUCCAGAAACUCAGUGGGCAUCCCCUCCAGUACCUCUUAGUGCCUCGUCUACCCUGACUCCAGGCCCGGGUCCUCAGACUGUCCUAUGGCAUAUAAACAUGUCGUUUCAGGAGUCAGUGACCCUUGAGGACAUGGUCAUCUACUUCUCUGAGAAUGAAUGGACACUGGCUUCUAUUCAGAGGGCCCUGUACAGGGAGGUGAUGCUGGAGAAUUAUGGGGCUGUGGCUUCCCUGGCGUGUCCAUUUCCUACACCGGCUCUGAUUUUCCAGCUGGUAGGGGGAACACCCUGGAGCUUGGCUCCUCGGGAAGGUCUGAAUGGAGAGAGCCCGAGGGGCAUCUUCCUAGAGCGGGUGUUGAAGAGUGAGAAGGAACAUUUUAUCCUGAAGGAGAACAUUCACGAGCAGGCACAGGACCACAUGUUGCUAUUGAGUGGACCCCAGUUAUGUAGCUCCCAGGAAUUCUGGUUUGGAAAAACGUGUGAAGAGGAGAAAAGCACUGUUGGGAGAUGGCCUGACUGCCCUAAAUAGGGUAAGUGGAGAACACGUGACAUUACAGCAGUGAUUGUCAAAGAUGAGAUGAUCUUAGUAGAAGAGCGUUCAGAGGAUGCCGAUGUUAACACCCACCUUGUACAUCAGAAAAGCCUAAGUGAAGAAGCAUUCUAUAUACGUGAAGAAUGUGGCAAGUGUUUGGAUCAAAAGGAAGACUUUGAUCAACAUCAGAGAAUUCAUAAUGGACAGAAGGUCUAUGGAUGUAAAGAAUAUGGGAAGAAUUUCAGUUUUAGAUCACAUUGCAUUGUACAUCAGAGGAUUCACACUGGGAUGAAACCAUGCCUAUGUCAAGAAUGUGCUAAAGCCUUUGGUUGGAAGUCAAACCUGAUUCAACACCGAAGAAUUCACACAAGAGAGAAACCCUUUGAAUGUAAGGAAUGUGGGAAGGGCUUUAUUCAGAACACAAGCCAUACACAGUGUCAGAUACGGCUUCACACCAGGGAGAAGCCAUGUACCUGUAAGAGAUGUGGGGAUAGUUUUACUUGGAACCCAGUCCUUCUUUGACUUCAGAGAAUUCACACUAGGGAGAAACUUUAUGAAUGUAAGGGCUUUGAGAAAGGCUUCAUGUGGAACUCGGGUCUUGCUCGGCACCCAUGGGUCCACAUUGGAGAGAAGCCUCAUGAAUAUAUUAACUGUGGGGAAAGCUUCAUUUGCAAGGCACAUCUCACUUGUUAUCAGAGAAUCCAUACUAGGGAAAGAACCUAGACAUGUAACAACUGUGGGGAAGCCUUCAGUUAGAAUUCUAUUUUAAUUACGUAUCAGAGGGGCCAUGCUGGAGAGAAACCGUAUAACCGUCAGACUUCUCACCUUCUUGAACAGUAGAGAAUGUGUAAUGGUGAUAUUUGUCUAUAAUUCUUAUGCUGCAGGAACCCCAACCACAAGAUGAAAUGAUGGCCCACAGUUUGCUGGACUGCAACAACCAGUAUUAUCUUGCCCUUUCUGAGUGAAUACCCUGUACUCCAGCAAGACUGGUCUCCCUGUUCAGCCAUAUUCAUACUAGGCAACAUUUAGUUGAGCACCUACUCUGUGUCAGGUACUGUGCUAACUGUUUUACGUAUAUUCCUUACUUUUUAAAAAAAUCCUGUAAUGUAGGUAUUCUUAUCCUCAUUUUAUAAAUGAGAAAUAUGAAAGAGGUUAUAAUACUCACUCAGGUCCAGUCAGCUAGUAAACUUUAGAGUUGAGAUGGGAACCAGGCCCAGUUGACUCUAAAUCUACUAUUCUUUGUGCACAUUUCUAGUCUUGCCUGUUUUUACUUGUCAAGUUUCCCUGGGCUAAAAGGCUCCCUUCCUUAUCUAAGACCCAGCUCCUUCCAUUGAACAGACCUCUUUUCCUCUUCUAAUGGUAGUCAGUGCCCCCCAAGUUGGUAUUUAAUUAUGUGCUGUCUUAUAUUUUUCUGAUAGCUUCAUGCUUGUUAGUCCAGCUAUAAACGGCUCUCUGGAGCAUGGCAUUUCUUUCUGUUUUUCAAAUUUUGAAGCAUAUUUACUUUUGACUAGAUAUAACAUGCUCAUGAUAAAAAAAAAAUUGAAAUGGUUCAAAUGUUCCUUUUCAUUCCUGUCUUUCAGUCCUCCUCAGAGACAAUACGUUAUUUCUGUGCCUUUCUGGGUACACACACACAAAGUAUUUAUUAAUACUGCUUUCUGUAAGUCUACCCCACUUAAAAACUGUAUUUGAUAUGAGGAUAUUGCUGUUAUAUUGCCAACUCCAGGACCUUCUCUUCCUCAGAAGUUGUGAGCCUCCUUGAGGCCACUGAGGUGACUUAAGGAAAGCAGUGGGGAUGGUCGGGGUCCUGCAGUCU